CGUAAGGGAAAAGAUAUGGAUCGCGAGGGAUCGUUGAAGAGUAGUGGUUCGUCACCGUGGAUGCAGCCGGGUAUCGGAGGUGGAGGUGGCGCGGCCCACACAGGUGGGACAGGUGACGACGAAGCUCCGAAAGAUCCCGGUGUUCGGAUCACUCAUCAACCUUUCACCGAGAAAGACUACGAAGGUCACAGAGCGCACACGGUGUAUGUGGGCGUGCAUCUACCAGGCGAAAGGAGACAUCGUCGUCAUCACAAGCACCAUCAUUCUCAACGUCAAACGUACAGUGCCGAUAAGGAUAAUGUCGACAACGAUAGGCCCAGACAAUUGCUGAUGACUCGAAGGAGUCGACUAUCUAGUAUCUGCGAUCCCGACGGCGAGAUGAUACUUACACCCCCAGCCCAGAGGGUGCAAUUUAUUCUGGGCGAAGAAGUUGGCGACGAUGCACACGAAUCCCAUCCUCUCUUCUCCGAGAUGGAGGAGCUCGUCAAGGAUGGUGACGAGAUGGAAUGGAAGGAAACAGCCAGGUGGAUCAAAUUUGAAGAAGAUGUCGAGGAGGGUGGAAAUAGAUGGAGCAAACCACACGUAGCGACUCUUUCGCUACACGCCCUCUUCGAACUGAGGAGCCUGCUGUUAAAUGGAACUGUGAUGUUGGACAUGGAAGCGAACAGUCUUGAACAGAUUGCUGAUUUGGUUCUCGACAAUAUGAUCAAUAAAGGCUCAUUGCCGGCCGAGUCGAGAGAAAAGGUGAGGGAAGCUCUUCUGGUGAGGCAUCGGCAUCAACACGAGAGACGUAAAGAUAACAACAUGUCUAGGCUACCUAUUAUCAGAUCAUUGGCCGAAAUAGGUCGAAAUCAUUCCUCUUCGAAGAAUUACGACUGUACGUGUGGUUUGCAUGCGUUGUUGACGUCAGAUUUACAGGAGCGUCGCGGUAGGGACGCCUACGCGCCCUCCGUCGCUCGCAGCAGCAGUUGUCCAAAUCCAAACACAGCUCUACUUUCGAAAGAAACGAAAGAUUUGAAAGGACCGUAUCUUCUGGUUCCAGACGAAUUCGGCAUUCCCCACGUGGUCGGAUUCACAACAUGGUUCGCGAUGUGUCAACUAAAAGUGGAGGAAUCGAAUUCCGCUCCGGCGAUCGCCGGCGCAACAAGUCACGGCAGUGGGCCAGCGUUGAAUGCGGGUAGCCGUUUCCUUGCUAUACCUGGCCAAGAACCAGGCUCUAACGGAAUGGAUCGAAGUCCGAGUAGCGUGUCAAUUAGCCGAAAUCACAGUUCGUCCGCCUUAGAAAACGGAGACGCGAAUCACAAGGGUAAUACGCAUUUCAUGCGGAAGAUACCUGCGGGAGCCGAGGCGAGCAAUAUUCUCGUAGGAGAGGUGGAUUUUUUAGAUAAAAGUCUGUCGGCUUUCAUUCGAUUGAGCCAAGCUGGAAUAAUGGGCGAUUUGACGGAAGUUCCUGUGCCAACGAGAUUUAUAUUUGUUCUGCUUGGACCAACGGGAGGGCUCACUGGUUUCCACGAGAUUGGUCGCGCAAUGGCUACUUUGAUGUCUGACGAGGUCUUCCACGAUGUGGCUUACAAGGCGAAGAACAGAAAUCAUCUUCUCGCCGGAAUUGACGAGUUCUUGGAUGCGGUCACGGUUCUACCACCAGGAGAAUGGGAUCCUGCGAUCAGAAUAGAACCGCCUGCUGCCAUUCCUUCGCAGGAUGUAAGGAAACGACCGAAAGAAGAAAAACCGAAAGAAGAACUGGACGAAGAAGCUGAUGAACAAAAAUUGAGGGAAGAAUCCGGACUCUCGAGGUCUGGUAAGCUUUUCGGUGGUUUGAUAAACGAUAUCAAGAGGAAAGCGCCGUUUUAUUUCUCCGACUUCAAAGACGCGUUGGCUCUUCAAUGUGUAGCUUCUUUUAUCUUUCUAUAUUUUGCCUGUCUCUCGCCUAUAAUCACGUUUGGCGGUUUACUGGGCGAGGCUACGGGAAAAAAUAUGGCCGCCAUGGAGUCGUUAGUAUCUGGUUUCGUUUGCGGUAUCGGAUAUGGAUUUUUUUCUGGACAACCUUUAACCAUCCUCGGUUCAACCGGUCCCGUUUUAGUCUUCGAGACGAUAGUCUAUGAAUUCUGCAAGAAAUCGGAUUGGAACUACAUGUCGUUCCGUUUUUGGAUUGGCUCAUGGAUAACCUUAAUUUUGGUAAUUCUCGUAGCGAUCGACGCUAGUGCUUUCGUGUGCUACAUCACACGUUUCACAGAAGAAAACUUCGCCACCCUGAUCGCGUUUAUCUUCAUCUAUAAAGCCAUUGAAAACGUAUUGUCCAUCGGCAAGAAAUAUCCUAUUAAUACCCAUGCAAACGAUCCGUUCGACUACGAGUGUUGGUGUAGGCCGCCGAACGGCAGCCUACCGUCUAGCUACGACAACAUUAAUUGGACGGCGCUCGAUCAAAAAACGUGCCAGAAUUACAACGGUACGCUAGUGGGCGACGGUUGCAACCUACCGCACUAUAUACCUGAUGUGUUCCUCAUGUCAAUUAUACUAUUCAUGGGCACAUUUCUGUUAUCCGUUGAGCUCAAAGACUUCAAGAACGCUCUCUUCUUUCCGUCAAAGGUCAGACAAGUCGUUAGUGAUUUUGCGGUGAUCAUAGCAAUUUUUUCGAUGAGUACUCUCGAUCAUUUCGCGAAUAUUCCCACGCCGAAACUCGAGGUACCAACGGAAUUCAAGCCAACGUUGGCCGAUCGAGGAUGGAUAAUCUGGCCUUUUCAAAGUAAUCCAUGGUGGAGCGCUAUUGUUGCAAGUCUGCCAGCUUUAUUAGGUACUAUAUUGAUUUUUAUGGAUCAACAAAUCACAGCCGUGAUAGUAAAUAGGAAAGAGAAUAAAUUAAAGAAAGGAUGUGGCUAUCAUUUGGAUCUAUUCGUUCUCGCGAUUCUGAUAGAAAUUUGCUCGGUAAUGGGAUUACCCUGGUUCGUAGCGGCAACCGUACUUUCGAUUAAUCAUGUGAACUCGUUGAAACUGGAAUCGGAAUGCGCCGCACCAGGAGAAAAACCACGGUUCCUUGGUGUUCGCGAGCAGCGAGUAACGCAUAUUUUAAUCUUUUUGAUGAUCGGUUGUUCGGUCCUACUCACACCAAUGUUGAGACACAUACCUAUGCCGGUAUUAUUCGGCGUUUUUCUUUAUAUGGGAGUCGCUUCGUUGAAAGGACUUCAAUUUUUCGACAGAAUUUUAAUUAUGUUGAUGCCGGUUAAAUACCAACCCGAUUAUAUGUUUCUUCGUCAGGUACCAUUGAAACGCGUACACCUAUUUACAACGAUACAAUUGACUUGUUUAGCCUGUUUGUGGAUCAUCAAAUCCUUCAGCAGUACUUCCAUUCUCUUCCCUUUGAUGCUGAUGGUGAUGAUUGGAAUACGCAAGUCCUUAGAUUUGAUGUUCACGCAACGGGAGUUGAAGAUCCUGGACGAUAUUAUGCCGGAACCAAGCAAAAAACAUGCCGAAGAUCUUCGUCAACUGGAGAGCGGCGAGAUAGACUUGAUACGAUCGAAGGAAAGCAUCAGCCCGUUAACGAUUAACGGCACUACUUCGGCCGAGACUUCUGUUUAACGAAAACAACGCUACACUGGGAACGAUUCGCAAGAUCGUUUUUAAUCGUUAAAAUAUCCCGAAGAUUCCAAUUAAUCGAUACAAUAUGUUUUAAUUUUUACCGUACGCGUUAUUGCCAGCCAGGUUACAAACACAAUUAUGGUGAAUCGUUGAAAGAAAAUUAUCAAGAACAAUAAUCAAAUUGAAGCAUGUGGAACACUUUGAUACCUAUAUGAAAGUUUAAACAGCGAUAAAAAUAAGUGAAAAAUAAUUUUUUUUUUUUAUUUUACAGAAAAUAAAAUCGCAUGCAAGACUAUCUUAUCUCAUUGCAUUUGUAAUUUGAUCGAGUGCAAUUAAUGAGUGCCACUGACAUAUAUCUAGAUUGUAACUAACAUGAACGUAUUUUAUUCAUAUAAAAAAGAAAAAAAAAGGAAAAAAAAGAAAAAAAGAAGAAAAUGAAGAAACGCACAUGAUUAAAAUUUAAAAUAAAAUGUUUUAGCUUUAAGAUUCGAUUCACUGAUAAUUUGAUGCGUGAAUUGUCAUUUAUUGAAUCAUGAAUUUAUCGAUGAAAAUAUUGUUGUCAGUGUGCAAUAACGUGUAAUUUGUAAUUUAAUGAUUAUAUGGAUUAAAGAUAGUUCGUGCCCGAAGAGGAUGAUGAAGUAUGCCAAGAAAACCCCUUUGAUAUAUCGACGUUUCCUUCGAGGGAUGUCUCGUAGUGAAGCUUGGCCGAGCAUGUCCUCGAUCAUAAAAAAAAAGUCGAAAAAUUGACAAAAUUCAUCCUCGACCAACAAAUUAUGCAACAACUUCUUUUUUUAACUCGAUUGGUUUUUAUGCAAAUUCUUAAAGAGUAUUUUCUGAAAAUUUUCGAUAUACGUAUAUAAUACCGGCCAACAGCGACAAUAUCUAUAUUAUUUAAUAGAAUAAAUGUACAUGUUUUUUACACUGAAAUUUAAUUGUAUGAAAACUCAUUCGGGAAGAAUUAAUAGCAGAGAAUCAUUUUCCAUAUUUUUUAUCAAAAUUUUAGCACGACUGAAUUUUCCCAUGUGUAACGCCGUCCCUUGAAGGAUGUCCUUUUUUUCAAGAAAGGGAAACGAACAAUGAGAUUUUUUAUCAUACUGCAGUCUUUCACAUAGUAAGUGUAACGAUCUCGAUUUUUAAAAAUUUAAAUAAAAAUUUAUGCGGAUCGUUGCACGAAUAAGUUGUCAUUUUUCUUCUCCGAUUUUCAACCCGAUCGAUGGAAAAAUGAGACGAUUGGUGUGAGAAGAUUAAAAGAGAAUAAUUUAAUACGAUAUUUUUCAAAUGACACGUUAUCAAAUUAUUAUACACGUUAAAUUUCCAAGGCUUUACAAAUACAGUCGAAAAUUGCGUGAUAAGUCGGUAAACGAAGAACGAUUGAAUUCUUUGUAUUUCACGAAAAAACAUCGUAAAUUAAACGACUAAGAAUGAUAAGGGGGCGUUAAUAAGCCUCAUCCUGUACAACAUUAUAUUGGAACAUCUCCAUUGAUAUUAUUACAACAAAGUACGAAACAAGGCAAUCGUUCGUGUUGAUGUUACGUGUGUUUGUAUAUAUAUUUAAGAAAGAAAAUCAUCUGCAGUUCUGUAUAAGCUCGCAAUGGGAAAGAAGUCAUUAAUUGGAGCUAUACGCGAACUUUUCUGAUGAUGUUUAAGAAAUAUGUUUGUUAUAUCGCUGCUUAAGUAUUAACUGGUUGUGAUUAGAUUUUCCACUGAGAAAGACCGUCGUUAUUCGCGCCUUUUGUUUUAAAGAUACAAAAAAAGAAACACCAUUUUGUAUAUCAUGUGCGAGAUAAAUGAAACUCUUCUUUAAAAGAUACAUGUAAAAAAUUAUAAUAAAAUGAUGGAGAUGUGAAACGAUAUUCUGCUAGAUAAUAUAUUAAUUGCAUAUAGUAACAUUUAAUUUGCAUAUUUUAUAAAAAUCGCAAACAUGUUUACUCCGUCUUUUUUAUAAAAAUAUCAUAAGUGUAUAUUAUGCAUUAUUUAGAAGAUCUAGUCCAGCAUAAUCACAAUGGAAUACCAAAGAUUUUUCAAAAAUAAUGAUGAUCGAUCGAAGUUGAAAGCAUAGAAAUAUAAAUUUAAGCAUAGUAUCGUAUAGCAUCAAAUAUAUAUAGAUUUUAUUGCCAGUUUAUUUUGUAUAUACUAAAGUUCAUCAUUCUCGAUAUCAUUUAAUUUUCAUUAUGAAUAGAAAAGUGUGUAACGAAUAAUUUUGUUAAUAAUUAAGCAGUAUGUACUUGGGUAUAAAGGAUAAACAAGUUGUGUGCACACAAUUGUGAUUGAUUACGUGGUGUGCAUAAUACACACAAUAGUUCAGGAGGAGACUCAUUGCGAGCAACAAUUGUAUAUAAUCAGCUGCAAUCAUAUAAGUCGCUGCCAUGCAUGCAAUCGAUGUAUUAGUCCUCUUUAACGGAAUUGCUGAUAAAUUCUGAUUAAAAAAAAAAAAAAAAAAAAAAAAAAAA